AUGAACACGAGCGAGUUGAACGCCUCGCAGCCCGACACGACCGCCGCGUCCACGUCGUCCGCGAACGAACAAUGGCGCGUCGUCCUCGGCGUUGCUAUCCUCAUUGCGUCCUACAUCCUCCGCGUCGAAGUCGUGCGCUUCUCGCUGCGCAUCGCUCGCCGCGUGUUUCCGGUUUUAUUCGCGUGGCUUCGCGAGUUUGAAACAAUGCUAUUGCGGCCGCUGUCGUGGGUCGUGUUCGUUCUACUCGGCUGGUUCGCGACGUACGUCAUGGACUUGGACUCGCUGCUGGACAUGGAGGACGGCACGCUGCAGGGCAUUGUGACGCUUUUGCUCGGUCCGCCGCUCGUGUGGACCGUCAUUUGCCUGUGCAAUUACGUGGCGUGGGGCAUUAUUCGCGUGCAGGGGUGGAGCCGCGCCGUGUCCAAAGAUGACGACGACUACAGUCGUGUCAUGAUUAUUACCGAGGGGAUUGGGGUGAUCAAAGUACUGCUGGUCGCAGCAGUCGUGUCGACGUGCAUUGUUGAUGAGAUUGGUCGGUUCACUGAAUUUGAGUCGGGACAAGUGUCGAUGGUGGCAGUCGCUAUGGUGGAGUUUGUGCUUGUGCUUGGUGCACAUUCGUGGCUGAAAAACAUCAUGGGUGGACUGAUGACGCUGCAAGACGAGCAGAUCAAGAGCGGACUGCAUGUAUCGUUUCAAGGUCACGAAGGUGUGGUCGAGCGACUGUUUCUGCAGGGAUUUUCGCUGCGCCAGUACGACAAGAGCGUGGCGUACAUUCCGAACAGUAUCAUGCUGGAGAACUCAGUCACAGUACAGACGAAGAGUCUAGACCGGCGCUGUGUCAUUCCCGUGCACUUGAGUCACGCAACUCGCACGACAGCGCUUCGCAUAUUCAUCCAAGAGCUCGAUAGUUUCCUGACGCAGCACAUGAAGGAUUGCCACAUGAAUGCGAAAGGGGGCAUUCUUGGACUAGAGAAGCCGCAAGAGGGGUGGAACAUGAUGAACUUGUACGAGCACAACAAACAGCUCGCAAUGAAAGAAGCAUCUCAACCGCGAGGUCGCUUCUGGAUCAGCGUUGAGGCACCAUACCUGGUGCACGUUGUCUAUUAUUCGCAGGAGCGGCACAUCAAGAAGUUGCUGGCCGAAAAGACGGAGAUCGUUCUGCGCAUCACGGAGCUGGUGAACAAACUCGGGCUUAGUCUGCACGGAAAGGAAGACAAACACACAAAACCAAGUUCACCGGCCGUUCCAUUGCCGACUGAGAUGGAAGGACCAAACAUAAACGACCGACACUCGAGCUUUGUUCCAGAGCCGAUUUCGGAGAUAGCGAGCCGUCGCCGAAGGAGGCGAGUACCACCGGCGAGCGAGCCAUUGGGCCGGCGUAUUGCCAGCACCAACAAUAUGGUGCAUCAACGUCGGCCUUUUGAGGAUCGUGUCAACGAAGGAUAA